AUCUUCACUAAAUCUUUAAAAAUUUAAACUUUUGAUUUCAGAAAAAAUCAAAAUCCUUGUUUUUUUCAUUCUAUUCAGAUCUUAGCUUUACUCUUACUCCAUCUCAUUGCUCAAAACUCAAAUCUUUGAAUUCUUAUAUCUCUUUCUUCAUCAAUUUUCCUUUCAAUGUAUGCAAAAUCCAUUUCCUUUUUUCUUUUAAUUCUUUUCAGUUUAUAGAAUAAUUUCGUCCCCUCAAAAAUCCCCUUUUUUUUUCUUUGUUUCAGUCUCUAAAAAUCCCAGUUUCAUCUUUAGAGAGAUUCACACAUUUCCUCUUACUGAACUCCAAAAGUUUUCUGUUUUUCCUCUUAGUACAAAACUGUCCCAUUUCCUCAAUAUCCCAUCUUUUUCUCCUUGUUUAAUCUGUGAAAAUCCCAUUGUUUUGCCCCUUCAUUCCAAUCUUUGAAUUCCCAUUUUUUCAAAAAAAAAAUCCCACAAUGAGUAAUUCCCAAGUAUCCAAAUCAACAAAACCUUCAAAGGUUUCAACUUUAGCUCCUCCUUCAAACCCUUCAAAACCCUCUUCACUAUCUUCUCACCUUGCAAUGGUAGAAUUUAAGCAAAGGAUUUUAACCUUACUUUCCAAGAUUUCAGACCGUGACACUUACCAGAUUGCCGUUGAAGAUCUUGAAAAGAUUAUCCAAUCUCUUGCCCCUGAAUCCCUUCCCAUCUUACUAAACUGCUUAUUUGAUUCUUCCAAUGAUCCAAAACCAGCUGUAAAAAAAGAAUCUUUAAGGUUACUUUCAAUGCUAUGUAAUUGCCAUGGUGAAUUGGCAGCUCCCCAACUGACAAAAAUCAUUGCCCACAUUGUUAAAAGGUUAAAAGAUGCAGAUUCUGGGGUGAAAGAUGCUUGUCGUGAUUCCAUUGGUGCCCUUUCAGGACAGUAUUUGAAAGGGGAAAAUGGAGGGACUAUGAUGGGAUUGUUUGUAAAGCCGUUGUUUGAAACAAUGAGUGAACAGAACAAAGGGGUCCAAUCUGGUGCAGCAACAUGUAUGGCUAAAAUGGUGGAAUGUGCUGGUGAUCCUCCUUUGACUGCUUUUCAGAAGCUUUGCCCAAGGAUCUGCAAGUUGUUGAAUAGUCAGAAUUUUAUGGCUAAGGCUUCCCUUUUGGCAGUAGUGGCAAGUUUGUCACAGGUGGGAGCAAUUGCACCUCAUAGCUUGGAAGCUUUGCUGCAAAGCAUCCAUGAAUGCCUUGGGAGCACAGAUUGGGUGACACGGAAGGCAGCUGCUGAUACUUUAAGUGCUUUGGCACUCCAUUCAAGCAAUUUGAUUGCAGAUAGAGCAUCUUCGACAAUAACGGUAUUGGAGGGUUGCCGCUUUGACAGGAUGAAACCUGUGAGAGAUGCUAUGACUGAAGCUUUGCAAUUAUGGAAGAAGAUUGCAGGGAAAGGGGAUGAUGGAGCCGUAGAUGAUCAGAAGUCUCAUGCAGAUGGUGACAAUCAUCAGUCAGAUGAAUCAUCACAAAAGAAUGGCUUGAAAAAUCCGAAUGCUUGUGAUAAAAAAACAGAUCCAUCGGCAAAGGAUUUGUCGAAUAAUCUUUCCCCUUAUUCGGAUUCUGUUUCGGAAGGCAAAUGUGGAACCAUUCCUGACAAAGCAGUUGUAAUAUUAAAGAAGAAAGCACCUCUAUUAACGGACAAAGAGUUAAAUCCCGAAUUCUUCCAGAAACUUAAAACAAGGGGUUCUGGUGAUUUGCCGGUUGAAGUAGUUGUUCCUCGUAGAUACCUUAAUUCUUCAAACUCAAAGAACGAGGAAGAAUUAGAACCAAAUGAUUCAGACUUGAGAAGAAGGUCGAAUUAUACGGGAAACAACCAGGCAGAUGAUUUCCAUGCAUCCUCUGGUGGCACAAACCAUAACAUUGAUAGAGGAGCUUCUGGUGUGUCCGAUAAAUGGCCUGAAGAGAAGAAAAAUGGAAAAAACUUAAGAACAAAGGCUUUUGAUGGUGAUGAUAGGAUAGAUGUAAAUCAAAGAGAACCAUCCGGAAAUCGUUUGGGUUUCUCGAAGGUGGAUGGACAGUCUGAUGGAUCCUUCAUCAACAACAAAGGAAAUUGGUUGGCUAUCCAAAGGCAGUUAUUGCAGCUUGAGAGGCAGCAAGGGCAUCUCAUGAACAUGUUGCAGGAGUUUAUGGGUGGUUCUCAUGAUAGCAUGGUAACUUUGGAGAACAGAGUUAGGGGUCUUGAGAGAAUUGUUGAAGACAUGGCUCGGGAUUUAUCAAUAUCAUCGGGAAGGAGAGGUGGUAAUUUUAUGGCUGGAUUUGAAGGAUCGUCUAAUAGACCUUUAGGGAAGUAUAAUGGCUUCUCUGACUAUGGUUCCAAGUUCAGUGGACGAAUCCCAUAUGGAGAAAGGUUUGCACAGACUGAUGGAAUUGCUCCAGUUGGGAGAGGAAGGGGACCUUCUUGGAGAUCUGAAACGUCUGAUGAUUGGGAUUUCCCUGCGUUUAAUGCAUCAAGGAAUGGACAAUUUCAAUCAAGAAGAGCUCCAGCUAGCAGCGGCCUGGAUGGUAGAUCACCCAAAUCAGAACACGAGAGUGAUCAGAUUGGUGGCAGGAGAGGUUGGGACAAUGGUCCCGGGCCUGUAAGACUUGGUGAAGGACCUUCAGCUAGAAGUGUCUGGCAGGCAUCGAAGGAUGAAGCUACGUUGGAAGCAAUUCGUGUUGCUGGGGAGGAUAAUGGAGCAUCUCGAACUGGACGUGUGCCUGAAUUAACCGCUGAAGCUCUAGGAGAUGAUAAUGUUGGACCAGAACGAGAUCCAGUCUGGACUUCUUGGAGCAAUGCAAUGCAUGCCCUUCAAGUAGGCGAUAUAGAUUCUGCUUACGCUGAAGUUCUAUCAACGGGUGAUGAUCUGUUGCUUAUAAAGCUAAUGGACAAAUCAGGUCCUAUGGUUGACCAGCUAUCAAAUGAGAUAGCAAACGAAACCUUGCAUGCUGUCGUGCAAUUCCUUCCAGAACCCGAUUUGUUCGAUAUCUGUCUCUCCUGGAUUCAACAGCUAGUUGAAGUGGUGUUAGAAAAUGGAUCGAACGCAUUAGGUAUUCCGGUGGAGUUGAAGAAAGAGCUUCUAUUGACUUUGCAUGAAGCAGCAUCCACAAUGGAUCCGCCGGAGGAUUGGGAAGGCGUGGCACCCGACCAACUCUUAUUGCAGUUAGCAUCUGCCUGGGGGAUUGAAUUGCAACAAUUUGGUAAGUAAUCUGUGUCUGGCAAUGAAAUCAUGUGUUGUAUUUUAAAACUUCUUGAUCAGGAUACUGAUUCAUUACAUUUUUUUUUACAUGAAGUAAAUGGUAAGUGAAAGAAUUUUUUUUUUCUAUUCCCAAAUAGUUUAUGAUGGCAUUGUGUUAUAAGUAUAAAUAUUUGAUCUAUUCAAAGCUGGCUUAGGCUAUACUUAUAAAUUUUUGUAUGUCAUGUAAAAUGGUGGCCUCUGAUGUAAAUGUAAUCAUGAAUGAUAUACCUUAUUUAGUUAAAAAAAGUAUGGGCUUAUUUGAAUAAAA